AAUGUUCUCAAGCAGCUGGGGCAUGAAUGAAGUGUAUGCUAUAUAGGAUGCUCGAAUUAUAUAGGAUGAGGACGAAGAAGCAACCAUAUUUCUCUGACUGUGACAUUCACAAUUUGGGAAGCCAUUCGAUUUUUACAGUGUUUCUUAUGCUAUUUAUUUCUUAUUGACCCAUUGUUUAUCAUAUUCCCACCAUUGUCUUGUCGACAUUAUCUGCCAUUAUGUCGGAUACCGCGGAUACCGAAGAUAAUCAGGAUAUGUUACCGAGUUUGGUCCAGCAGAUAGUCCAGCGGAUAACAGCGGGAGAGGUCCCUAUCAAGAAUAUUGAGCGGGAGCUCAUUUGUCCGAUUUGUAAGGAGCUGUUUACGCACCCCCUCAUCUUGCCCUGUCAGCACAGUGUUUGUCACAAGUGUGUGCGAGAGCUGCUGCUGUUGAACCAUGAGGAUUCCUUCGAUGCUGGGUCUGAAUGUUCCCUCCCUGGGAGCCCAGGACCCCGAUCCAGAGUGCCCUCACCAAGCAUGGAGAGGCUGGAUAGGCUUGCAAGAUCAGCCACACUGCAGAGAAGGUCGUUUGGGAGGAGAGGUAGACGCGGGUUCCAUUUUUUGAAUAGCUGUAGUAGCUCCAUCUCCUCACCAGGAUGGAGACGUGGCUCUGUGACCCCCCGCGUUACCACUUUCCCGUGCCCAGGCUGCCAACACGAUGUGGACCUGGGUGAGCGGGGCAUGAGCAUGCUCUUCCGGAACUUCACCCUGGAGAGCAUCGUGGAGCGCUACCGGCAGGCAGCCCGCGCCGCCGUGGCCAUCAUGUGCAACAUGUGCAAGCCGCCCCAGCAGGAGGCCACCAAGAGCUGCAUGGACUGCAAGGCCAGCUACUGCAACGAGUGCUUCAAGUUCCACCAUCCAUGGGGCACCCCCAAAGCCCAGCACGAGUAUGUGGGGCCCACCAUGAACUUUAGGCCCAAGGUGCUGAUGUGUCCGGAGCACGAGAUGGAGAAGGUCAACAUGUACUGCGAGGUGUGCCGCCGUCCAGUCUGUCACCUGUGCAAGCUGGGAGGCUCCCACGCCAACCACAAAGUCACAUCAAUGAGCAGCGCCUACAAGAUCCUUAAGGAGAAGCUAUCAAAGAGUAUCCAUUACUUAAUCAGCAAAGAGGACCAAGUGAGGACUCAGAUUUCCCACCUGGAGGUGUUGAUCAAUGAAACUGAGGAGAAUGGCCAGGUGGCGGAGUGUGGGGCCUAUGAGCAUUUUGAGCGGCUGUUCCAGACCCUCCAGGAGAGGAAGUCUGAGAUGCUGAACUCCAUCGAGCAGUCGAGGACGCGGCGUCUGGAGCAGCUCAGGGGCCAGGUGGAGGAGUACCAGGGCAUGUUGGAGAAUAGUGGCCUCGUGGGCUACGCCCAGGAGGUCCUCAAGGAGACAGACCAAUCCUGCUUCGUUCAGACGGCCAAGCAGCUGCACACCAGAAUUGCGAAAUCCACCGAGUCUCUGAGGACGUUCCACCCCGCGGCUGACCCCUCCUUUGAUGAGUUUGUGCUGGAAACUUCCAGAGAGGAGACUAUGCUGAAGGAGCUAUGUUUUGGGGGAGUCCCCGAGCCUCCCAUCAUUGAUCUGUCCCGUAGUCACGUCUACAACGAGGGCUUGUUGUGCUGGCAGCUGGCUGAGGAUACCCUGGCCACAGACCACCAGGUGCUGGAGUACAGGAGGCUGGGCGCAGAGCAGGACGGCGACAGCCGCUGGCGCCUCACAGACAGGGUGUAUGGCCCUAGCACAGUGGUGUGUGAUCUGGAGGCCGACAGCCUCUACUCGUUCCGAGUCCGCAGCUGCCGCAACUCCCUCUACAGCCCCUACAGCCCAGAGGUUACCUUCCACACACCACCUGCCCCAGCAUUUGGCUUCCUAUUCAACGACAAUUGCGGCUUCAGCUCGGAGCGGCUGGCGUUGAGCAGGCGCCGUGACUCUGUGGAGAGCAUGGCCGGCAUGGCCUUCCUGCUGGCUGCUGAGCGUGUGCAGACAGGCAGCUAUAUGGGCCUGGACUACAUCAUUGGUGACACGGGCAUCUCUCAGGGCAGACACUACUGGGCCUUCCGCGUGGAGCCCCACUCCUACCUGGUGAAGGUGGGCGUGGCCUCUGAUUCCAAACUGUUGGAGUGGUUCCACAACCCCCGAGACACUAGUAGCCCCAGGUACGACCAUGACAGUGGGCACGACAGUGGCAGCGAGGACGCGUGCUAUGAUCUGUCCCAGCCCUUCACUCUGCUCACUGUGGGCAUGGGCAAAAUGUUCCUCCCCAAAGCUUCCAUCUCUGCCGGCAGCGACCACGGCGACCACAGCAACCGGGUGCUGCCUAUGCCACAGCGUAUCGGCGUGUGCCUAGACUACGAUGCGGGCCGGGUCUACUUCUAUGAUGCAGACACCAUGAGGUGCCUUUACGAGCGGCAGGUGGACUGCUCCGGUACCAUGUACCCUGCCUUUGGCCUCAUGGGUAGUAGCAAGGUUCAUCUAGAGGAGUUCAUCACAGAAAAGCGUCUGUCGUAUAUGUGAGAUGCUGGGCCUUCCACACACACAGGUCUCUCCCGCUCAACACUUGCCUUUGCGUUCAUGUUGGUCUCUGCUUUCAGUCAGGUAUGAUUGUAAUGAUUUUGUUUUUGUCUGCAGUAUUUCAGCUGACUAUUAUUAAUCCAGGUCUUUGUUUUUUUUUAAUGAACACGUAUUUAUGUAUCACUACUAAGUCCAGUAAAACGUAGCCAAGAGAAACCUGAAGAGCCUUGCAGCUACAUCUAUGCCUCUGUGCCUUUCACAAUAAAUAGAUAAUCUAACAAAUGAUAUGAUUUGUUUAACUGUGCACAACAGCAAGGCUAGUUAUCACUUACAAGGGUGAGUGUGUGUGUAGGUCACAAGGACCCCUCGGUUGAGAAACAUCCCUACCAAAAAUGUGUAAUACAAAUCAUACCUAAUCAAUGUCCUUAGUCAAGAGUCUGUCAACACCAGUUUGUUACACUGCAUUUGAUUUGGACACAUGCUCAAAAAAUUUGCACUUUUUAUUUUUAAAGAUUAGCACACUUUCUUGCACUUAAUGUCACUACCUAACCACUCUGAACACUAUUUCAAUGCAGAACACAUUUAUCUGAAUCGUAACACUAAACAUCCACGUUCAGGGUGUAAUUCUAACGAGGUCUGUGUGUGCUACUCGGACGUAAAUCGUGCUUUGCUGUCAGUGGGAGACUUUUUUUUGUCACGUGCGGAUCUCGACUUAAAAUUACACUCACGGAGAUUAGUUGUUGAUCACUAAAUUAUCACGUUAAUGAAUUUACCUUGCACUACUGCCUCGGAUGCAGUUGUUCAAUAGCAGUGAAUGUUUUCUGUUUAGCACUGGGUUUUCUGUUUAGCACUGGGAAUUCUGUUUAGCACUGGGAAUUCUGUUUAGCACUGGGAAUUCUGUUUAGCACUGGGAAUUCUGUUUAGCACUGGGAAUUCUGUUUAGCACUGGGAAUUCUGUUUAGCACUGGGAAUUCUGUUUAGCACUGGGAAUGUGAAACUUCAGACACUACAGGUUCUCACUACACAAACUGUCCCACGGAACUCUACUACGAUGCGACUUCUUCCUGACACAUGUCAUGUUAGUGUACAGAACUUAGACAUUUGUUACGCACGUUGACGAUUGGCUCUUCAGUAUCAGCUAGGACAACAAGGUUUUAGGGCAUACCAUGGGUCUGUUCAGCAGUGUGCAGCGUUUCAGAACCUUCAGAUUUGGAAAUAUAUUGUGUAAACUGAUCAGAUGCUUUGUCCUCUAGAAAAGGGAGUAAUUUUGUCUCUAUACAUUUUCUAUUUCUGAAUGGUUACCCCUGCUGAACAGUGCCCCGGUCCCCUCUGGCUUCCUUACAUGGGUUUUUGGACAAUAUCUGUACAUAUGUUUUGUUUUCUUGAGGGUAAGGAUAAUCUGUUUUUCUCAGGUUUGUGGCCUAUCAGCCCUGGAAAACUAUACCUUUCUCCUCAACAGAAUUGUACUUUUCUUUGCGGCUUCCAUAAAUACAUGAGUAAUUUACUGUACCCUAAUCUCAGCCUUUUAAGAUUGUUCAUAUAUCCAAUAAUAAACUGAAAUUAACUAUUUUAAAUGUUUACAUCAAUAUACAUAUCUUAGUGGCAUUAUUUUUGUUGGGGGUAAAAUAAGUCAUAGAUCUGCAAUUUUGUUUUCUUUGAGUUUGUAUGUGCUGUGAAGUUUCUCAGCUUAAUCAAACUUGAGCAAUUUGGGAAAUUGGUGGAAAAUUGUAGUUGGAAUUAGAUCAUGUCUGACUGAAUUUGUCAAGGGAGCAUUUUAAAUCUGGAUGCCUCCUUUUCUGUGUUGUGAUGUUUUAGGUCCAUUUGAGUGUUGCGUAUCCUAGAAUUUGCUGCGUUAAUUGUUUUGCUUCUCUGAAUCAUGUACAUUUAUUUUGAGGAACAACAAUCUGUAGUCUUAAUUUUAAAUCCUAGCUGCUUCAGAAUUGGUGCGCAUAAUUCUCUACCAUUCCUUUUAGAACACAACACUUCUACCUGUUCCUUUUUUAAAUGACUGUUGAAACACCUUUUAAAAAGUCUAUGCACUUAAUUAACAGGUUCGGGAUUGUGUUUAUCACAGAAUGUAUUAUUUACAGAACAAAUUGAAUGUCUCGUAGGUGCGUUUUUUUUGUUAAUUUGCUUAUCUUGGGUCAAGUCACUAGUGGCCACAGGAGUUGUCUUUCACAGUAGAUAUUUGCUAUAGUGCUCAUCUUAUUCUAGCUACUGUACAUAUCCACUGCUGAUUGUAGAAAAAGGGAAUCAUAUGGUUUUCAGUAGUAAGUUAAACCAAAUGUUCUGCAGACACUCAGUCUAAUGGUUCAAGCUAGCACUUUAAACUGUAGCAUGUAUGCCUCGGCUGUGCAGGUCUGUGUGAAUUGUUGUGCAAUAUUACGUACACUGCAGGGAAUAGACCUGUUGUAUUCUCCUAUUGUAAGUAAUGUGAUGUUCGCUUUCUGUGAGUGAUGCUUUGAUGUACAUUAAGCGUUCUGUCAUCAUUCUUAACGUAGUAUUUUAUUUGCUGUUUGGGAAUUUGUAUGAAAUAAACAAGUGUUUUAAACCAA